AUGGUUAAAGACACUAAGCUUUACGAUUUACUGGGUUGUGCUCCAGAUUCGAAUGAUGCACAGAUCAAGAAAGCUUACAGAAAGGCUGCGUUGAAGUACCAUCCAGACAAGAACCCAACUCCAGAAGGUGCUGAGAAGUUCAAGGAGAUAACAAGUGCCUAUGAGAUUCUAAGUGACUCUCAAAAGAGAGAUGUUUACGACCAGUUUGGUGAAGAAGGAUUGAGUGGCGGUGGAGGCCCAGGUGGCUUCGGCGGAUUCGGUGGCUUCGGGGACGACAUCUUCUCACAAUUCUUUGGUGGAGGUUCGUCUAGACCAAAGGGCCCACAAAGAGGCAGAGAUAUUAAACACGAGAUUGGUGCCACUCUGGAAGAGCUUUAUAAGGGGAGAACUGCCAAGCUGGCCCUCAACAAGCAAGUUUUGUGUAAGACUUGUGAGGGCCGUGGUGGUAAAGAGGGUGCUGUUAAGAAGUGUACUUCUUGUAAUGGACAAGGUGUUAAGUUCAUCACUAGACAAAUGGGACCUAUGAUUCAAAGAUUCCAAGCCGAGUGUGAUGCUUGUAAUGGUACCGGUGACAUCAUCGAUCCUAAGGACCGUUGUAAGGCCUGUAACGGUAAGAAGGUCGCAAACGAAAGAAAGAUCUUGGAAGUUCACAUUGAGCCAGGUAUGAAAGACGGACAGAGAAUCGUAUUCCAGGGUGAAGCGGAUCAAGCCCCAGGUAUUAUCCCUGGUGAUGUUGUUUUCGUAGUUUCCCAGAAGCCACACAAGUACUUCCAAAGAAAGGGUGAUGAUCUAUUUUACGAAGCUGAGGUCGACUUGCUUACCGCCAUUGCUGGUGGUGAGUUUGCCGUCGAACAUGUUUCAGGUGAAUGGUUGAAGGUUAACAUCGUACCGGGUGAAGUGAUUGCGCCAGGGAUGACCAAGAUCAUUCAAGGAAAGGGUAUGCCUAUUCAGAAGUUUGGCGGUUAUGGUAAUUUGAUUGUCAAAUUCAAGAUCAACUUCCCUCCUAACCACUUCACUGAUGAAGAGUCUUUGAAGAAGCUAGAACAAAUUUUGCCAGCCAGAACUGUUCCGGCUAUUCCAAAAUCAGCAGAAGUUGAAGAGUGUGUUUUGGCAGACUACGAUCCAUCCAAGCACAGUGGUAAGCAAUCUGGUAGAGGUCAAAACUAUGACUCUGAUGAUGAGGAACAAGGUGGAGAAGGUGUGCAAUGUGCUUCUCAAUAG